UCUGCUAUCUCCGGCUAACUUGACGCAGCGGGGGAGUCCAAUGGAAGCCUUCGUCGCGUCGGAGGAAACAAUCGAGUGCGAUUUAGCUUGAAAAUAGGAGUCGAUUUCGUUGGAUGGGGUUAUAAACUGCGUCUUUUCUCAACCGUGUGGGUCUGCGGUGCUCUCCGUUGUGUUUCAACCCCGCUGAUUUGCCGUUAACGGCGUCUGCUCGGCCUUGUUUAUACUGUGCAGGGCAGCUUGAAUCAGGGAAGCAGGCCCGGUCCUGUGCGAGUUUAACGGCCGUUUCGGGUCUGGAGUGUGUUUUAUGCGGAUCAGCCCUUUAGCUCACCAAAGAAUAUGACCCAGAUGCAACAAUGACAUCCAGAUUCGGUAAAACCUAUAGCCGCAAGGGAGGAGAGGGCACGUCCAAGUUUGAUGAGGUUCUGUCCACCAAGAGAGGCACCCUUAGUACCAAAUGGGGUGACACCACCUACAAGGCCAAGGUGGGCUCCAAGCGCAUAGGCGCUCCCAAGAACAACUCUGUCCUGGAGGUUUACAAGAGGCCCCGUCCAACAGGGGAUGGCAUGGAGGAUCCGUUUGGAUUCGACAGCGAUGAGGAAUCCAAGCCGGUGUCAUCUCGCAGUGGCAACAAGUCGUCGCCCUCCAAGCCAGCCUCAGCAGAGCCUCCCCAAGCGGAAAGGCCGGGCAUUUCUCUGGACACAGGAAGCAGGUCCAGCCUCCAGAGAGGAUCCCAUGCUUCGGCGUCAUGGCUGGCCAAUGACAGGAACCAGCCCGUGGUGAUGGAGGACACAGCUCAGUUCUUCAACACCAGCAGCGCCAGCAUAGGAAAGCCCCAGCAGAGUUCCUUGUCAGAGAACCUGCACAGCUACUUGUGGUACCAAAACGCUUCUGAGAGUGAUAAGAAGCCCCUGGCCCAGACCACCACCCUCAAGACAGGGUCCAAGGCAGAGUCCAAUUACGACUCCUGGGAUGCCAUCAUGGGUCUCCGUCCGCCCUCGCCCAGCCAAGAACCCUGCAACUCUGCCCCCACGCUCUCUUGGGCUACAGCGGGCGUCACUGUGGGCAGCUGUGACCUGGGGCAGACCCAGCAUGAGAAGCCCCCCUCUCCUCCACAGCUCCAAAGCCCCAGCGUCAGCGAGGACCUCGGGGUCGACUCGGACUUCCUUGUCGAGACGUCGGGCUUCUCCCAGACGUCCUCCUCCUCCUCCUCAUCACUUAUAAGAAACUCUAACUGUCGGACAUACAGGAGGCCUAACAAACAGGGCUCUGGCAAAGCCUUGGACUCCAGCGGCUUUGCCAGCACUGUUUCUGGCACAGAUCUUGACGGCAGUAAUAAGACGACAGGUGGAGGGGGUCGGGGCAGGACGAGGGACUACACAGUGCUGCACCCCUCUUCCAUGUCGAUGUGCAACGUCACCAUCCAGGGCCGAGGUGUGGAGGAGUUUAGCACUGAUGCAGCACCUUCUAGUGGUAGCAGCAGUGCCGGGUCUGGUAGUACGACAGAGCUGGGAGAUGCGGGAUGGCAGCGGAAGAAGACGGAACUACAAAUCACCAGGUUGAGGCAGACCCAGACCAAGUCAAAGAAGGACAGUAAGCUGCACCUGUUUGGUUUCGACGAUACAGAAACUCAUCAAGAGGACAACAACACAGACAACACAGAUGGCGGAUCCAGUUACAAGAUCAAAUACUUCGGCUUUGAUGACAUGAGCGACAGCGAUGGCGCAGACGAUGCCGACGACGACGGUUCUAAAGAGAGGAGGAGGGCCAAGAAGGCUGCCGUCAACAAGGGAACCCCGCUGGUUACUGUGGAAGAAACACCGGCCGACGACCCGCCGGAUCCCUUCGAGAGGCUGGAGAGUCCGGUGAGCCAACCGAGACCGACGGCCAAGGAGAACAAGAAAAACUCUGAGAGGCAGGAAAGCAGGAUACGAGCAGACGUCCUGGACUUCUCAGAGGACGGCCUCAAAGUGUUGGCCAGGGCUCCCAGGAGGCCCCCUCUGGGCAAACCGGCUGAGAAGAACCCAGACUCCUUCCGGAGGAUCUUCAGCGCACAAAAGAAGUCUCCCACCAAAGCUGUGUACAACGCCAGACACUGGACGUUGGAGAGUGAAGAGGAGCCCCCUCCAUCUUUCUUCUCACGAUCACAGACCUCUCCUGCGCCAGUCUCCGCAGCAGGAGGAUCCAGUAAGGAGCCCUCCGAUGCUCAGAAGGACGACAGUGUUUUUAAGGCUCCUCCCCCUCCUCCCAAGGUCACCAAGUGUGUCACCCUCCCCACAGAUCUCUACCAGGACGCUGUCACCGCACUCAAAUGCCGCAAAGAGCACAAGGAGCUGUAUACAGUCGUCCAGCAUGUGAAGCACUUCAAUGACGUGGUGGAGUUUGGAGAGAACCAGGAGUUUACUGAUGACUUUGAGUAUCUGGCUACUGGUCUGAAGACUGGACAACCUCUCAACACACGCUGCCUUAGUGUGAUCAGCCUGGCUACACGGUGUGCCAUGCCCAGCUUCAGGAUGCACCUUAGGGCCAGAGGGAAGGUGGCUCAAGUCUUUAAAACACUCAAUGACGCCCCACAACACCCGAAUCUGGCGCUGUGUACGGCAUCUCUGAUGUACAUCCUUAGUAGAGACCGGUUGAACAUGGAUCUGGACCGGUCAUGUCUGGACCUGAUGAUCCGGCUGCUGGAGCUGGACCUGGACCAGGACCAGGGGGGCGGGGGUGUGGCUGUGGCAGACUCCACCACUCAGUUCAGCGCCAGAGAAAUUGCCAAGAUGAAGGAGAAGAUCAGGAAGCUCUGCGACACGGUGCACAACAAGCACCUGGACCUACAGAACAUAACGACGGGUCAUUUAGCCAUGGAGACGUUACUGUCUCUGACUUCAAAGCGAGCGGGAGACUGGUUCAAAGAGGAACUACGGCUACUGGGAGGACUGGACCACAUAGUAGAUAAAGUGAAGGAGUGUGUUAAUAACUUAAACCAGGAAGAUGAUAAGGAGAAGCUGGUGUCGUCUCUGUGGGGAGCUGAGAGGUGUUUACGGGUGUUGGAGAGUGUGACAGUCCACAACCCAGAGAACCAGAGCUACUUGAUCGCCUACAAAGACUCAUCACUCAUCAUCUCCUCUGCAAAGGCGUUGAGGAGGUGUGAGGAGAUGAUCCAGCGUUACAGCAGGGAGCUGAACUCGGACAGAGCCGUGGUGGGGAAAGCAGUGGAGGACUGUAUGAGGGCCAUUAUAGGAGUCCUGCUCAACCUGACGCAUGACAACGAGUGGGGCAGUACGAAGACAGGAGAACAGGAGGAUUUAAUAGUGACGGCUCUGAACUGUGUUCUCAAAGUUCCUCAGUAUCUUCCACAAGAGCAGAGGUUCGACAUCCGAGUACUGGGUCUGGGCCUGCUGAUCAACCUGGUGGAGUACAGUGCCCGGAACAAGUACUGUCUGAUGGAGAUGGAGAUGGAGGGAGGUCAGGGUCCCUGCAACUCCACCGUCUUGCUGAACCCUCAGCACCAGGACGUCACCAGCGCUGGCCCACUGAGCGCCAUCGCUGCACUUGUACAGCUGUUCCUCCAGCGGGAGCGGGCCGCCAUCCUUGCUGAGGCGCAGACAGAUGACCUCAUCAAGGAAGCGCCGAAGCCUGCGUUGGACCAGAGCGGGGAGUGGCAGGAGACCGGUGGGGAGAUCCAGUGGGUUGCCAACGACAACAACGACGACUCCGACAGACAGGAUGAUGACAAGAAGAAGGCGAAGGAGGAGGAGGACGAGGAGCUGGACCUCAACAAAGCUCUGCAGCAUGCAGGGAAGCACAUGGAGGACAGCAUCGUGGCCUCCUACACAGCACUGCUGCUGGGCUGCCUGUGUCAGGGGAGCUCGUUGAAUGUGACUACUGUGAGGGAGAACCUGCCUAAAGGAGAUUUCUCCAUCAUGACAGAAAUGCUGAAAAAGUUCCUCAACUUCAUGAACCUCACUUGUGACGUCGGCACCACAGGACAGAAGUCCAUCUCCCGGAUCAUCGACUAUCUGGAGCACUGCUAGAAAGAAGCCUGUCACACACACACACACACACACACAUACCACAAUCAUCCUUCAUCACCACCAUCAUCACCUCAGAUUAAGUUCACUGCUGGAAACAGGCGUGUUUCUUCUAAUACACACAUCCUCAUCCUCACCUUCCUCUCCGUGUUGUGACCAGACGUCCUCCUCAUCCUCCAGUUAAAGGAACUUUCCACUUUUAUGGUUUCAGCAGGAAACUCCAACAUGAGAACUGAGUGUGUGUGUGUUUUUUUCUCUAAAUUGACUUCAGAUGAACUUCGCUUUAUUAUGACUUAAUGAGGUAUGGCACACACCCCCAGCUGUGAUCAGAUUUUAUUUUACUUUUAUCGAAGAUACAAUCCAAGUCAGUAUUUUUUCCCCCACCCUUCCUCUAUUUAUAGAAGUUGCUCAGAACGAUGUUUUUGUUUGUUUUUCAGUUUUUGCUUUUGAUACAUUUCCUUUCAAAGUUUCCUCACAGUUCAGCUCUCCUCUCUCCUCUCACCUCUCACCUCUCGUGAAAACGCCCCGCCUUCUUAUCGAUGGGUGACAGAUUGGACUAGAGCGGCCAUCUUCUCCAGCCUGUCAUCAAAGCCUUGCACCCCUCAGCUCUGCCUCUGGAGCUGAUAAUCGCCAAAACAACUCAAGUGGUUAAAAAAAACAACUACUGACCAAAAUAAUUGCUUUACACACUGUGUUCUUCUUCUUUUUUUUUUUUUUUUGCUGCUUUGACCUCUCGACUCUGUCGGAAGGAGGUGGUCUGAGGCAGAGAAAUCAAAAGUAUUGAUCUUUUCUGGCCGAAGAGCACAGACACGACAGAGUUCAGACCCUAAAUUGGAGGCUUUUGUGACGUUAAGGUGGUAUUUUAAUGUGGGACUACCUGUAAAUGUUUGCAUGAGUUCUGUUUUUAGGUGUUUUUCAUCUGUAUAUAAGCAGACAUUUUCUCUCUUUGGAAGUAAGAGCUUUUAUUCCCUCUUCAACCUCGGCAGCAAACUAGCUGAUUUUAAAUCGGUCGUUCUUCUCGUGCUGUUAUCGAAACGAGUGCUUCUCCCAGCAUGCCGAGCCCACUCUCGUCAGUCAGCACCCAACAACACACCUGAGACUAAAACAGAACGACUCUCAAGGUUGUUAAAACUUUGAACGACUCCCCACCCCCCAAAAGUAGAAACUUUUUCCUUUCAAAGAAUCGAUCGCCCUCUCACCCGACAUCAAAGCUUUGUGUCUCGGCGGGACCUGAGCCCUUCAGACGAGAACCUGUCCUCCUUCAGGUCUUUUCAAUUACCGCCCGCGUGUGUUCUUGCCGCUCUGAGAAGAGCCUUCAAUUACAGCACAAAGGCAGCCGUAGCGCCCCGGUCUGAGAGGUGAAGACGAGCUGCUUUUCUUUGGUUUGAACCGAACCACCAGCGGAGAGGCUUUCAAACAUCAAGUUGAUACUUUUUUCUUCCUGUUCGGUUGUUUUUAGAUGGAAAGACUUCAAAGGAGUUUUUCUGUGAAGUGCUGUAUUUUACAUUUCCCUCGGCCUGCGUUGUCACUCCCAGAAUUUCAGCAACCCCAAGAGGAGAGCGCAGGUGUCCGAAAUUUGUGAAUUGUAAAAAUUAGACUGUUUCCUUUGGGGGGGAUUUGUCCCUGCAUGAUGAUCGUUGAUCAGUCCAAAAUGCCAUCUCAAAGCAUUUCCUUUUCUUGAUCAGUGCGAAUAUGAAAAAACGUCUGGGUUGCCACAUUGUGAGAAAUCUCUUUGGCUGGUGUUUAUCCUCCUCCAGUAUUACACUUGUACACACUCAGAAAUGUUAAUAGGUUAUUAAUAAAAGGUUGUUACCAUAAUGCAGCUGCAACUAGAUGAAAAGACAAAGUAAAACUUGAUUUUAUUAAAGGGGGUGCCCUUAGUUGGUUUUCUAAAGAGGGACAUUUAGUUUCUAAUAUGGGUCAAAUGCCAAAACCACUGGAUCCUACGUGUCCCAUAAUGCAACUGGAUAGCGCCUUUCAUUAGUCAAGGAUGUAAAAGAGAUGUCGAAUUCCUGCUUGAAAAUGACUUGAAAAACUUUUUUUUUUUUAACAAGAAAAACUUUCAAAAUAAUCCUUGGCACUUAAGUUAACGAUUCGAUGGUUGACUUUCCAAACAGAGAACAAAAAGGACAAAAUUAAACGUGAUGAUCUGGUUUUGACGCUUUUCCAAAAAACAAAGUUACAUUUUUUUAAUUAUUCUCACCUGACACCUUCUUCUGAGCAAAAUCACAUUUUAAAGCUUUUCGUUCGAAUUAAUAACUUGGUUCUUUAACUUCUCCAAAGUGUACAAACAUGUAGGCGUCUCUUUGUUCCCCCAGAAAGUUCCGUAGUUUGUAUUUCCUUUGGUAAUCCCGGGUGGGACAGAGAUGUUUGAUUUGGAAAAUUAACAAAUAAUUUUGUGGGAUGUUGUUUUUUUAUUUUUUUUAUUUCAUUGGUUGUAAAAGUUAAAAGCACGUGUCAUCAAACAUGUUCAUCCCGUUAAUUGUCUGUUCCUCUGUAAUCAUUACCACACUCACACACACACACACACACACACACACCCCUACACACAGUUUAACCCUCACACUCUUUUUUAUUUUUUUUUUAUUUUUUUUUUUAAAGUUUACAAGAGCUUUAUUCACAGACGUCUGGAAGAAUGAAUGGAAGAGCUUUUUGUACAUAGUUCUUGUACAUAGAUUGAUUUCCUCGUGUAGGAGGAGAGGCUGAUGGGUAAUGGGGGGUGGGAUUGUCGUGGGGUGGGUGGGGGUUAAAUUUAAAUUUAGACCGGUAGACUCUACUUUUCUGAAUCUGACUCUAUUUUUCAUUUUCUAAAGCCUUUUCUCCCAGUCGUGUUGUUGUUUUGGACAGACAGAGAGCUUCUUAACAAGCCAACUGCAGGAAAACUUGAUCUUUGUACCAAUUUGCAGACUGAUGUCUUUGGUUACCUGUACAUAAUUUUAAAGUAAUAAAAAUUGCUACUUUCAGUA